AUGCAGAUCAAGGCAUUCCUCCCUGUGGUUCUCGCCGCUGUGGCUACUGCCAGCCCGGUGGCCAACCCCAACUACAAGGCUUCUUCCCCGGAAGCCAAGUACCCAACCACCACCCAGAAGGCUCACUACCCUGCGUCGACCCCUGAGGCUCACUACCCUACGACAACCGAGAAGAAGGUCCAGUACUCGACUUCGUCCCCGGUAGCACAAUAUCCGACUACCACGAAGAAGGCGCAGUACCCUGCUUCUACACCGCAGGCCCAGUACCCAACCACCCUUGAGACUCAUUAUGCCACGACCACGAAGACCAAGGUCUUCUCCACCACCUCGACUCCCCAGCCUCCCGCAACUACCCAGAAGCACAAGGAGCACAAGCACGAAAAAGAGCCUAAGGGAAAGGAGCACAAGACGAAGAGCAAGGAGUCUCACAACGAGAUGAAGACCAAGUCCACCAAGGAGCACCACGCCAAGCAGACCAAGAGGGGCGAGUACCCAGCCAAGUACCCAUCGAGCACCCCGGUGUCUCCUUCGUACCCCAGCUCCAGCUCCAACUCCUAUCCUCAGGGCGGUAAUGGUGGGAACGGCAAUGGUGGGAACGGCGGUGACGGUAACCAGGGAGGAUCAGGCGGUCUCUCUCACAUCUGCCCUCUCGGUAACACUCCUCUCUGCUGCCAAGUCGACAUUGACGGCAUCCUCGACCUUACCUGCGGAAGCCCCGGUGUCGACCUCAACUCCCUCGACGAGUUCCGAAGCACCUGCGCAGCCACCGGCCUGACAGCCGAGUGCUGCGUUCUGCCUCUUGCCGGCGACGCUCUUCUCUGCACGACCGUCUAA